CCGCGUUUCAACACAAUCGAUUUGAACACCCGUCCAAGUCCCUCAUAGCAGUCUUAAGCUUCCUUAGUUAUACCCUUCAACAAGACACAAGAGCUAGUGACAGGGGUCACGCAAAUAAUGCUCGUUUAAUUCAGAGAUCUCGCUUGUGCCUACCGAAAUUUGAGAUCCGUUUAAACACAGCUCCAUAAAUGGCUUUUCCUUUGGAACCUUCACAACUUCGAGCGUAUCAACGAGCAUUCUGCUUGGCAACAUGUGAAAAUGAUUUUGAUUCUACCAAAAGAGUGAUAAAACCUCUCACUCUGGGUAUUUUCUACGAAGCAUGCAACACAAAAUAUUUCGACGGGUACCGACCUUCCAGUCCGCCAAUACCUGUCGAUUUUCCAGAAUUGAUAUCUACAUCAAACCUUGGGUUAUCACUGUCCCACCAUAAGCGUCAUUCUUCUCGUAUCACCAACAAAAACAUGAAUAUGCGGCGAAAGCCUAAAGUACCUGCGCCCACGAAACUUAAACAGCCAAUGGUCGAAAGUGCACUGCAAGUCGAACUGUUCGACUUUCAACAAUCAUCUGUAUCGGCUGAGUCUUUAAAUACAGUGAAAGAGCAAAAGAAAUCAAUAUCAAAGAUGAACCCGCUCUCAAAGCUAUUUGUGAAAAGCGAUAAACUAAAAGAACAAAGAAGUGAUUCUCAAAGUACACUUCUGCGUUCUCUGCUAAACAAAACCACAGAUUCAUUUGAAAGCACAUCUGACUCAGAACAAGCUAUAGAUACUUUCAGUAUCUAUUCCGAAGCAGAAUCGGUGGGUGAAGUCACUGAUGAGGGUGAAUAUGCUACUGAUGACGUAGAAACUCUAGAGCAUACAAGCCCAAAAAAUCCUGGCUCGGAAGAAGAGUCUCUUAAUUCUGCUUUCACUGAUAUUGAAGCUGAAUCUAUAAUUAGUGCAAGUGCCAAUAUCAUGUACGAAUAUACCGUGCCAGAAACAUCUGUGUUAAAAAGCGACGCGGAAACAAAAAAGAGACAAGAUCAAGACAACCAAGAGUCAGUCUACAGCAAAGCCAUUGGCAGCUUCAAGGCUUAUCCUGAAACAAAUAAGAAAAGCCUUGGUGUUGGCAUACUGAUUCUUAACAAGCGCACUCCUCUUUUGAGGAAGCGAGAGUCGUUCUCCUUCCCAAAAGUAUCUGAUCUUACUUCACACGAACAGACCGGGAAGAAGUCAAAUUUGAGUAAAAUUAUUCAAACAAGACAUAUUCACUCCAAUUCAAACCCUUUGAUGUAUUUCUCCUACAGCGGCACUAACACAGCGGAAGGUAUCCGAAGGGCUCACGUUAAUAUAUUUGUGCCACCAAAUAUGUCACCUGCAAUAGAAAAACUCCCCAUCGCGGGAAAUAUGUCAGUCUUCGACUGCAUUGGCUAUAUUCUACUAAAGCUCUCGGAAAUUGAAAGUGAAACAAAAACAGAUUUUGAGUUGUCUUUGAAUCCUAAUCACUACAGAUUGGAACUCACUGAUGAAGAUGGGGAAUUAUAUGACUCUAACUUUGGUGUGCUAGACAGGACUCGUCUAAUGUCUUCCUACAAUUGCCCGAAACAUUUGGCAUUGUGUGAGAUCAAAAAACAAGAAGAAAUCUUGGCCAAUGAAAAACAGUCUCCACUUCCUCUUGAGUUUCGCCAAAAUCUACAUCUACACGAGGAGCGUUCUCGAAGUCCUAAACCCGAGGAGUCCAAAAACUUCGGGAAAACCGAGAACUUUGCUUUUGCCGCUCCCGGUGGAAACAGUAUCGAGGUCAAAGUGAAGAAUAUCCCAUCGACCAGCAAGGUCAUCAGCUUUUUCGUGGCGUCAAAAAUGCAAGUAGGCGACUUGCUUGAUUUGAUUUGCAGGCAAUAUCAAGUCGACCCAACACAAUUUAAACUUUCUGGGUGUCAAGUAUCGGCUCAAGAAAAUUUGGGAGAUGUCUCUAUGUUGAGUACAAAAAACGAAGAGCGUACAAUAUCACUCGAAAGAACUCAAACUCUUUCUGAAAUUCAUGUGGACUUUUUCAAAUUGGACCAGAUAGUGAGACCGUCAAUUAAGUCUAUGUUAGACGUGAGAGCAAAGCGAAGUUCUUUUGUCGAGGCAGGAAUUACUCCAAAUUCGUCAGCAUUCAACCAGCAAGGGAUCACUCCCCCGGUUGCUCCAUUUGACGGCAAACUCCAAGAAAACUCAGAUGAUGAUACUGAAAGACAAGAUGAUGCCGAAGGCCGUGUAUCCAAAGAAUCACGCGGUUUUUCGACAAAGGAUUCAAGAAGAAAUACUGCUUCAAACACCACCUCAAGCAUAAGUAACUUGAUAAGCGGAAGAACGUCUCAACUUCCAUCAAGUCUGAACACAUUUUAUUGCAAGUGGCGAGUAUUUCGAAAAAAGGCCCCCUUGAUCUACAGGAUUGAGAAAUCUCUCAUAAUUGAUGGUGAUUACAUCCAUUUGGCACCGACGGAUGACGCAAAUUGGAAAUCAAAUUUUAAUGACCACUCUUUAUCGAGUACCAGUCAGAGUGGAAACCAUCAUCACCACCAUUAUUUGCAUCACUAUAACUUCUCAAAGUAUUAUAAUGAUACUAUGCUAAAAACAAGCUCCUUUCACAUCUCGCAGAUUGUGAAGCUCAAGCUGUUCAAGGACAGCAAGAGUCCUACGCAUUUUAAGAUUGUGAUAAAAAAACAGGGCGAAUCUGGUGGUAAAGAAACCGUGGUAAAGAAGAAAUACGAUCUUGAAGCAGAAACACUAGCACAGUGCGAUGAUAUUUUUGAAAAGAUUAGAUGGGCCUUACAGUUGUACAAUAAGUCGAAUGUAAUGUAAUGUAAUCCACGUGUAAUGUUCGACAAGUAUUACAAGACUAACCCACGAAUAACGUAGAUUGAUUGAAGAGCAUUAGAUUUAUAGCACGUUGCAGAAUUAAUCAGAAAUUACGAGAAAUAAA